AUGUUUAAUUUAUACAGGAGUUCAUUAAAAAAUCUAAAACUACCAAAUAUAAAUAAUAAUAUUAAAUCAAAUUUGGUAAUAAGAUCAUAUACUACCAAUAUUAAUGGUAAUAUUAAAAAUGAUGAUGAUAAUAAUAAAUUUUAUUCAUUAUCACAAUUUCCAUAUCCAUCAGGAGCAUUACAUAUGGGACAUGUGAGAGUUUAUACGAUAUCAGAUUGCAUUGCAAGAUUAAAGAGAAUGCAAGGUUAUGAUGUAAUUCAUCCAAUGGGAUGGGACGCAUUUGGAUUACCAGCUGAGAAUGCAGCAAUUGAUAAACAAGUUUCACCAAGUGAAUGGACAAAUUUAAAUAUAAGUUCAAUGAGAGACCAAUUGAAGUUAUUGAAUUUCCAAUUCGAUUGGGAUAGAGAGCUAUCAACAUGCAAUAAAGAAUACUAUCGUUGGACACAGGAGAUAUUUCUAAGAUUAUUGAAAUCAGGAUUAGCCUACAGAAAGAGUGCUACCGUAAAUUGGGAUCCAAUCGACCAAACUGUGCUUGCCAACGAGCAGGUAGACGCACAAGGUAGGUCAUGGAGAUCAAAUGCGAUUGUUGAAAAAAAAGAAAUGAAGCAAUGGUUUUACAAAAUCACAUCGAUGGCAGAUAGAUUAACUGACGAUUUAGACCAGUUGCCAGGCUGGUCUGACGAAAUUAAAAAUAUGCAAAAAGAGUGGAUUGGCAGAUCGUAUGGUCACUUAAUCGAGUUCCAAAGUUGUGCCCAAAAACCAUUAUCAAAUAUCACAGUGUUCACAACACGUGCCGAAACUAUCUAUGGUGUUUCAUUUUUAGCCAUUUCUCCACACCAUUCUGAAAUCAACCAAAUUAGAGCCAAUUUAAUAAAUGAUGAAAAAAGAUUAGAAUUGGAUCAAUACUUAAAAGAGAUUCAAGAAAUUAAAAAUAAAAUGGGAACACAAGAAGAUGUUGAAAAUUUAAAAACUUUUAAUACAGGUUUAACAUUUUAUCAACCUAUAACUAAAAAAUACAUUCCAUUAAUACUUUCAAAUUUCGUACAUGCCGAUUAUGGUACAGGUGCUGUUAUGGGUGUACCAUCACAUAAUCGUUCAGAUUAUCAAGUUGCAAAACAACAAAAUUUAAAAUUAUUACCAGUUUUAGGUAUUGAAAGAGAGCAACAACAACAACAACAACAACAACAACAACAACAACAACUAGAAAUAGAAGAGGAAUGUUAUGAUUAUUCAAAUACUGGUAAAUUAAUUAAUAGUGGACAAGAUACAGGUAUUGAAUUUAAAGAAUUUAUUAAAAGAUUAGAAGAUCAACAAUUAAUAAAGAGACAAACAAAUUAUAGAAUUCAUGAUUGGUUAAUUUCAAGACAACGUUAUUGGGGUACACCAAUUCCAAUUAUUGUUUGUGAGAAAUGUGGUGAUGUACCAGUACCAUCGGAUCAAUUACCAGUUGAAUUACCAAUCGAUAUUCAAUUCACUGGUAAAGGUAAUUUAUUGAAUCAAUUAGAUCAUUGGAAGAAUGUUAAAUGUCCAUGUUGUGGAUCACAAGCAACUAGAGAAACUGAUACAAUGGAUACAUUUGUUGAUUCAUCUUGGUAUUUCCUCAGAUUUUUAGAUAGUAAAAACUCACAAUCCAUUUUCUCUUCGGAAUUGGUCAACAGAUUCAUGCCAAUCGAUGUUUAUGUCGGUGGUAUCGAACAUGCUAUCCUUCAUUUACUAUACAGUCGUUUCAUUACAAAAUUCUUAAAAGAUCAACAAUUAAUUGACCAUUCUGAACCAUUCAAAGUUUUAUUAGCACAAGGUUUAGUUAAAUCACCAACUUAUCGUGAUUCGAUAACAAAUAAACCAAUUCAUCCAUCAAAUGUUGAAUUUAAAACUAUUAAAUCAAAUGAAAGCGGUAAAUCUCAACAACAAACUAUAAAUAAAUUAACGGGUAAUCAAGUUUCCGUUACAAUUGAAAAAAUGUCAAAAUCAAAAUUAAAUGGUAUUGAUCCAAAAGAAAUCAUUGAUAAAUAUGGUUCUGAUACUUUGAAAACUUAUAUUCUAUUUAAAGCACCACCAGAGAAAUCAUUAGAUUGGGAUACUCAAGGUAUUGAAGGUUGUAAGAAAUGGUUAACAAGAAUCAAUGUUUCAAUUCAAUCAUUUUUAAAUCAAUUUGAUGUAAUUGAAGGUAAAGAGCAACACCAACAUCAACAACAACAACAUCAACAACCAUUACCUUCAUCAGAAUUUAAUGAACAACAAUCUAAAGAAGUUAAAGAUAUUCUAUUUGAAACUCAUUUAACUAUGAAUAAAGUUACAGAAUCAAUUGAUAAACAUUCUUUUAAUACUGGUAUCGCUGCAUUAAUGGAACUUUCAAAUACAUUACAAAAAUCAUCUCCACAAAUUAAAUUAACCAAAGAAUAUUAUCAAUCAUUGAGAGCAUUGACUUUAAUGUUAUUCCCAUUCUCUCCAAUAUUUUCACAAAUUCAUUGGAAAUCAUUAAUUGAUGAUUUACCACAAUCUUGUAAAUCAUUUUAUUCUGAAAACUAUUCAUCAUUUGAGCAACAAUCAUAUGGUAAUUCAAAUGAUAAUGAUGUCUUUAAUCAACGUUGGCCAAAACCAACUCCAUCCGCUUUAGUUAGAGAUUUCAAUAGUUUGGUCAUUCAAUUCGAUGGUAAAACUAAAGGUGUUGAAUCAAUUCCAACUUCAAUCACUGAUUUCUCAAAUUUUGUUCAAUCAAAUUCAAAAUAUUUAAAUAGAUUCAAAGAUAAAACUAUUGAUCAAAUUUUCAUUGGUACAACAAAAACUGGAAAUUCUAUUAAUUUCACUUUUAAAAAAAAAUAA